UUAAGAGUUGUGCCAAUCUUCAACUAUAUAUCAAGCCCCAAUGUUGCCCACAAUGCUAUACUAAUCACACACACACACACUCCAUUUCCAAGGUCAGCCUCUUCAUCUCAAUGGCCAUCACUCAGUCCAUAAAGAAGGAAUCAAGUAAUGAUGCCCACGAAGUAGAUGAAACCCUAAGCAAUGAGUGCAAAGAUCUUCUUCUCUCCCUCCCAAAAUCAAGAGGAUGGAGAACCCCUCACAUUUAUCUCUUCCAAGACUUUUGGUGCCAACCCAGAGAGAUUCAAGCCAUAUUAUCCUUUCAGAGACACUUCAAGGCUCGGGACUUGGACAUCGUCCUCACGACGAUCCCGAAGUCGGGCACAACGUGGUUGAAAGCCUUAGCUUUUGCCAUUGCAAACCGCAGGCGGUUCCCGGUCUUUGAGAAGACUCACCCUCUCCUCACCUCAAACCCUCAUGAUCUCGUUCCAUUCUUCGAGUACAAAGUGUAUGCACGGAACGAGCUCCCGGACCUCUCCAGUCUCCCGGACCCCAGGAUCUUCGGGUCCCAUAUCCCAUUCCACGCACUGCCAGAGACGAUCAAGAACUCGGGGUGCAAGAUCGUCUACAUAUGCAGGAACCCGUUCGACACAUUCGUGUCCCAGUGGAUCUUCCUCAACAAGGUGAAGCCCAAGUCCUUACCGGAUGUGUCACUGGAGGAUGCCUUUGAGAUGUUCUGCAAUGGAGCCGUGGGGUUCGGGCCAUUCUGGGCCCACAUGCUCGGUUACUGGAACGCGAGCCUGGAGAAACCCGAGAAGGUGAUGUUCCUCAAGUACGAGGAUAUGAAGGAAGACACCCCGGCCCACUUGAAGAAGCUAGCUUUGUUCUUAGGGUAUCCAUUCACACUUGAAGAAGAGAAAGCAGGCGUCGUCAAGGGUUUAGCUGAGCUAUGUAGCUUUGAGAAGAUGAAGGAACUGGAGGUGAAUAAGAGCGGCCAAUCUAUCAUGAACUUCGAGAACAAGAACUUGUUUCGGAAGGCCGAGGUUGGGGACUGGGUGAACCAUCUGUCGCUGUCGAUGGAGGAGCAACUCUCCAAAGUCUUGGAGGAGAAGUUGGGUGGUUCCGGCUUGCAGUUCAAGAUACCCCCUCGAUCACCAACCAAGAUGACUACUUAAAUCAUGCAUGCAACAAAAACUUCAGUCUGAAUUAUUUUCAUGAUAUAUACUAAUAUGGUAUAUUAGUGGGGGCAUCUUUUCGUAUGUUUUAGUGUGAUUAAGAUGUUGGACGAACAGUCAAAGUUUAGCUUGGAAAGUUUGUUUUAGUGACAAGAGAUUCAUCCAAGUUCGAAUCAUGUAUGCAUCUCCUAAGUUUUACCAAUAAAGUGUGCUUUAUUAGUAAAAAAAAUUCACGGUA